AUGUUGCGUGAUCAAUCACCAUUUAUUCAAUGCCUUUUAGGUAUACUUUUGAACCAAAUUUAUUUAAAAAAUAAUGAUUGUUAUUAUUUUUUUUCAGGCACUGGAUUUACAUGGUUUGUUACAGCAGCUGGUGCUGCUUUAGUAUUUAUAUUUCAUUCAGCAAACCAAAAAUUACUUGAUUAUAGCCUUGGUUUUGGAGCUGGAGUUAUGACAGCAGCAUCAUUUUGGAGUUUACUUGAACCAGCUUUUAAAAUUUCUUAUGAACAAAGUUAUAUAAAUAGUCAAUUAAAUUUUGUAUUAAUUAUAAUUGGUUUUUUACUUGGUGCUUUAUUUGUUUAUAUGGCUGAUUUAUUAUUACCAUCAAUAACAUCAAAUCAAUUAUUUCAAUUUGUAUCAAAUAAAAAGACUCCAGAAUUAAAACUAAAAAAUCAUCAAGAUAAGCUGUCAAAUUUAAAAAUACAUUCCUCUGUACGUUCACGUUUAAAACGUAAUGAAGAUUUAACAAAACAAGCUCAUCUACCUGUUGGUGACAGUCCAAUUGAAGAAAUUAAAGAAAUUACUAUAAAAACAGAUGAACGAACAAAAUGGCAUAGACUACUUUUACUUAUUAUUGCUGUUACUGUACACAAUUUCCCUGAAGGUAUGGCUGUUGGUGUUGCUUUUGGAUCCAUUUCGUCGGCGAACAAUGCAACAUUGGCAUUUAAUCAUGCUAGAAAUUUAGCAGUUGGUAUUGGUAUUCAAAAUUUUCCUGAAGGAUUGGCAAUCAGUUUACCCCUACGAUCAUUUGGUAUAGGAUGUUUUAAAGCAUUUUGGUAUGGUCAGUUAAGUGGCUUAGUUGAAAUAGUAGCUGGACUUAUUGGUGUUUGCUUUGUACAAUUAGCUAAUUGUCUACUUCCAUUUGCACUUUCGUUUGCAGCUGGUGCAAUGCUUUUUGUUGUUUUUAAUGAAAUUAUACCAGAAAUUAAUCCUCAAAAUCGAACCAUAUCAUCUUGGUGCGUCAUAGGUAUGUACAUUAGUUAA